UCUUUUGACGUCAUGAGUCACGGAUCACCAUUGUCGUCAAGACGAAUCCCCUACAGCCGGCCCAAACGAAGCUUCUGUACACCUAAGUCUACAGACAACCCUGGAACCUCCUUACCAAAAUCUCCCAGGCCCGUUACCACGGAGACCACAGAUGUUUGUACGCCCCCUAGUUCUCCGAGCCUUCAUCAAACAAGGUGGAAGUCACGCCUGAAUACAAUCAGAAACGGUUUCCUCGGAAGUCCGCGCUUCCAUAGACGGAAACUACGAACGCCUUCAGCCUCAGACGAUACAGGAUCCGAUUCGUCGCCUGAGUAAGUUGUUAAACACAACAGUGCGUCACCCCUAUGUACUCAGAAAGUAUCCACACAGAGUAAUCCGUCUUUUCUUCUUUUUGGAAACAAACUACAUUUACUGACGUCACAUUUGUACGAUUUGGUGUUAAAACCUAAAGCACUGAAGUUAGAUAUUAAAGUCACUGGUGUUAGAUGUGCUCAGUUUGGUGUUAAGAAACCUAAUAGCUGGGGUUAGAUUUCUUCAUUUUGGUGUUAAGAAAUCUAAAGUCACUGGUGUUAAAUCAGCUCAGUUUGGUGUUAAGAAAUCUAAAGUCACUGGUGUUAGAUGUGCUCAGCUUGGUACUAAGAAAUCUAAAAGUCACUGGUGUUAGAUGUGCUCAGUUUGGUACUAAGAAAUCUAAAGUCACCAGUGUUAGAUGAGCUCAGUUUGGUGUUAAGCAUAUUAUUACAAUUCACGAUAUCAUAACUAUGAUUGUGGCAUAUUAUUAGAACCCAGGAUAUCACAACUCUGACUGUAGUGUAUUAUUAGAACCCAAGAUAUCACAACUCUGAUUGUAACGUAUUAUUAGAACCUAAGAUAUCACAACUCUGAUUAUGGCAUAUUAUUACAACCCAAGAUAUCACAACUCUGAUUGUGGCAUAUUAUUACAA